UCGGUUCAUUGUACAAAAGGUACAUUAAGUGCUGCCAAGUGAUUUCCGAGUUGUUUGUGGUUUUCAGCGGUAAAAAGGCACACUAUUUGCAAAUUGUAAUUGUUGUUUGGCAAUCGUUGAAAUUAUAAAUAGCGAUAUUUAUGGCCACCGAGGAGGAGCAGCUCAGCCAGGUUAUUCUGCCGGUGAAGGAGCCCCUUGAUUUGAUACGCUUGAGUUUGGAUGAGAAGGUGUACGUAAAGAUGAGGAAUGAACGCGAGUUGCGUGGCCGAUUACACGCCUUCGAUCAGCACUUGAACAUGGUGCUUGGUGAUGCCGAAGAGACAGUAACUACUGUAGAAAUUGAUGAGGAAACGUAUGAGGAAGUGUACAAAACGACAAAAAGAACAAUACCCAUGCUUUUUGUGCGUGGGGAUGGUGUCAUAUUGGUAUCGCCUCCUAUGCGAGUGGGCUAGACAUAAGAGUUUUAUGUUACACAUUUCUUCCUCAUUUAGAUCGAUAAAUAAAGAGUUUUACAUUGUGAGCCAUUAGACUAAAACUGAAAA